UUCAACAAAUUGUUGUGUUUUCGUAAAAGAGAGAUAAUAACAACAUAAAAAAUGAAAGUAGAGGAGCAGAAUGCUAAAUUUACUUAUAUUUUUAAGGGUUGUUACAUUUAAUGUAUUUCUUUUGUUCGAUACUUCAUGUAUGGACUUUGAUUGAAGUUUCUUCUUUUGUGAAUUACCAAGUAUUUUCUACUGUGCGAUAGAAUAAAUAAAAAUAUUUACUUAUGUCGUAAGAAAUAAUAUUUUCAAUAUUCUUUAUUAAAACAUUAUUAUUCGUUCAACUAGAGACCAUUUCUUAUACGACGAGUUUUCGUUCGUUCUGCGCAUGUUAACUCUGAUUGGCUCAAGCAUGCUUCGUCUGCGCAAGCGCAUUGCCAUACCAAGUACAUAUUUGGUAGUCUUAUAUUUAGUGUACUCUUCGACCUUUGAAGGUAACGCUUGUGUUCUCUGUUCGUAUAUUUUAUUGUUCACCAUGUAUAUGGCCACGAAGUUAGAAAUAGGAGUGGAGGACUUCCCUAAGCUGCGCGAAACAGAUCGCUCAACAUAUUUGGAAUAUAGAUUAAUUAUAUUCUAUUACGGUUAUCGUUGUGAAAUAUGGAUAACGUAACAGGAAUAAUACAUGCCAUAUACAGAGGGUUUGUGGAUAGUUUAAGGGGAGCUAUUGUUCUAUUUUAUAUGGAUAAACGUAUUAAUGAAAAGUUAUUGAAACAGUCCCCUUCUAGAAUAGAAACUCAUGGAAAAGAUACGGCAGUUGCACAUAAUCCUUCAAAAUGUUAUAAUCAAUUAAGAGAAUCCAAAGUGUUAAAAAGAACAAUUCAGUGUUGUGCAUUAAACGGUGGUGUAUUUUGGGCUAGUAUAUUGAUUUUUGAAUGCGGUAUAUUACCAUUUCUCAAGUACUUACUAAGCAUUAUAUUUGGUCAUUCACCAACUAUGGGUAUGACUGUAUGGUCUUGGACAAAACCAUUUUUAUCACUGACAUUUGGCACUGUAUGGGUAUUACCCCUAUUUCUGCUCAGUAGGAUAGUCAACAGUUUAUGGUUUCAGGACAUAGCAGACAGUGCUUAUAGGUAUAGACAAGGAAGGCCGUUACUUUUGUCUAGUGUGAGCAAACUUGUAGCUGAUACGCUUUUCAGCAUAUUAGUCCAAGCAUUAUUUUUGGGGCAAGGAAUGUUGGUAUCCAGGAUUCCAUUACCUCCUGUAGGUGAUAUUCUUGCCCUUAUACAUAUGUGCCUUUUAUAUGCUCUCUAUGCUUUUGAAUACAAGUGGUUCAAUAUGGGUUGGGAGUUACAUAGACGGUUAAGUUUCAUUGAAAGUAAUUGGCCAUAUUUUGUGGGUUUUGGUCUGCCAUUAGCAGUACUUACCCAAAUGCCGAAUUCUUAUGUAAUAAGUGGCUGUGUUUUUUCUAUAUUGUUUCCAUUAUUUAUUGUGAGCGGAAAUGAAGCAGAACCUGUAACUGGAGUAUGUGACUGUCCAUUAAAGUUAUUUUCACCAGUAAUUGCGAUUGCAAAUACGCUUUUCAAUAAAACAAUUGGACCUGCAAAUAGGCGGUGACAGAAAGGGAUAUAAUUUGCAAAGUUGUUUGGAGUAAGAAAUAUGUAGCAAUAAACCAUCUUUUCAGGUUUUUACAUAUUUUUAUUAUUUUCUAUUAGCUGUAUACUUAGUUAAUUUUUCUGUAUUAACAAAGCAAUUAAGAAUACAAUUUUCAUAUUAUAUAUGAAUAUAAACAAAAUUUCAAAUAUAACUUUAUGUACUAUUAUUAUAUGUAAAUAGAAGGAUAUGUUCACAAAUAUGAUGUACAUACGCGGUAAGGAAUAUCUGUGAAUGCUUUAUACCGAGUAAAGUGUUAUUUAAGAUAUACACUCAUAUCUGUAAUACUAUUUAGAAAACCAGCAUACACGUUCCUUGCUGUAUCACACGAGAUUAAAUUAAAGCUCGCAAUUUUAUACAGUUUUAUUAUUAAUAUUGAAACAUAAAAAGAUAAUGUUAGAAUAAUAAUAAAAAUACCUUUUACAAAUUAUAUGCAAUAGGAAAACGUCAUUGCCUAAAAAUUUGCACAAGUGAAAGAUAGUACCUUUCUUGUUAUACCUAUAUAGUACACUUUUCGUUGUAGUAAUUAAUAAGAAAUGUAUAUGGAAUGUUUCUUUUUUCAUUUAAUCGAAUUCUUAAGUUUUAUGUCUUGCUUUGAACAAUAUGAUACUUGUAAGCUUCUAGCGAUUAUAGAAUGCUAUAGAUAUUUCAGUAAUUUAAUUAUAUAUUCUAUUGAAAUGAUCACGAUAUAAAAAGUAAAACAUUUGUUACAUCAUAAACAUAUGUAAAUGAUUCUAAAGAAAUGAAAAAAUUUGUAAAUAUAUCGUUUGAGCACAUAUAUUUUAUACUACAAACUUAAUAAUUGUACUUGAUAUUAUAUUAUAAGAAAGAAUUUGUCAUCAUUUCUGAAAUUGUAAAGCCUUGACUUUUGUUUUACCAUAACUAGUCAACUUUAAGACUUAGAUUUUAAUUUGUGACAAUAAUGUUUAUUUUAAAAAAGAAGUUAGUUUAUGUAAUUAUAUUCAUAGAAUAAUGAAGGGUGUUGCAUAAAGCAACAAAUGCAUGUA